AAAACGGUAACACAUUCCCAGUAACAAGAAAGAUACCUAGGUUAUCAAGAUUGCUGUCAUGAAGUUUGCCUUUUUCUUCGCAACCGUAAUCCUCAUUGCUCUUCACCAAGGAGUGAACGGUCUGUGCUUUAGUUCCAUUUGCUGCUGCAACAUCGUGAGACAGACAGACAACUGUGGGAGGGGUACCUAUGGAGCAUCAAGGAGUGGAGGACGUCGGUCACACAGAGGAAUUGACAUCAUCUGUCCUGCCAACUCAGACGUGCGUGCGCCCUUUAAUGCGACGAUUAUUCGCACUGCCCGUCCAUACAGCAAUAACAAUGGACGUCAUAAUACUGGUGUCUUGAUGAAAGGCACGGGGAAAUGGGCAGCUCAUUCGGUCAAGAUGUUCUACGUGAGGAAGACGGUGAAUAACGGAGAUCAUGUCAGAGGAGGAAGCAAUAUUGGAGUGAUGACCAACAUGGCACGAGAGUACAGAUGUACAAUGACUAACCAUAUUCAUGUCCAGUUGUACAAGAACAACAGGAUAAUUGAUCCUACUCCAUACACAUGUUAAUCUUUAUAUUAGUAUCCUCGCUUGCCAUGACCCUUGCGGAAGGGGGGGGGGGGUGGUACUC